GUAACCGUGUUGUAUUUCUUUCUGUUGGGUGUGAUUUUAUGCAAGAGCACCUGUCGUUUCCUGUGUUUUUAGCAACUAAGGAGGAAAUUCUGAAGAAGGGGUUAAUACCUUCAGCAAAAUGGACCGUCAGAUGAGUGCUCCAGCUGGGACUGGUAGAUAUGUUAAGAACCAGAAUCAGAAGCCCACUUCCAAAAUGGGAAGACUCGGCAGGUCUAUGAAGCUCAGUGUUGCUGACUUCUUCGGGCUCGGUGAUGAGGACAGCUCCCAGGCCUCCAAGUGGCAAAACAGACACAUGCGCUAUUACAAGGGGAAAAUAAAGGAGGAACAUCUUCCAAACACCACCGACUUUGAUGAGUUAGACUCGUCCAUUCCUCACAUCAUUGACCCGCUGGCCAGGAGUAGUCGUUAUACGUCACAGUACUCCAGACGCACCACCCCCCUGUCCAGUACCAGUACAUACACACCAAGCACCAGGGGAGGGACCAUACGCAGGACUAGGAAGGACUCUGUGCUCAAAAUGACCUGGAAGGGCAUGCAGACUAUAGCUGGCACAAGGAAGAAGUUGAGGACCAACAAGGCGAGCAUGAGAAGUUAUGCACCGGGUAGUUUGGCGGGAGACCUGGCAGAUGCACGCAGUGAUCUAGGAGAUAGUUACCCGGCUGUCCAUGAGGACCUGGUGGAUGAUGUGUUCUAUGAUGAGCCUUCUUUGAUGCCGGAGAAAUAUCUGGAGAAGAUCCGGGAGGAGACCAGUGCUGAUCUGGAUGCUGUACCUGCACUCUCACUGGCUAGUACUAUGCCUGCACCAGGCUGGAGACCUGGUGCACAGCCUAAGCCUGCCCCAGGCACUCCCAUACCUGGAAUGGACAUGCCAGACUUUGGUAUGCGUCGCAUCAACCGUGAUAUUUGCAACUCUAUUGUGGAGCGGGACAAGAGGCAUGUAGGCAUGGGAUUUGUGGGCAGGCUCUUCCAGAGGAACUACCGACCUGAUCGGAUGAACUCUUACGUCAAGAAACAGAUUGAUGAAAUUGAUGACCACAGGCCAUUCUUUACAUAUUGGGUGACGUUUGUACAAAUUGUGGUGUUUAUUGUGUCAGUGAGUGUAUAUGGGAUUGCACCUAUUGGCCACUCUGAAACAGAAUAUUCUGAACCAAUCCAGAAACCCAACCUGGCCAUUGAAUCCACAAGGUACUUGGAAGCUGACAAUCUUUGGAUAGGCCCAAGACAGGCGGACCUGAUCCAUCUAGGGGCCAAGUACUCUCCGUGUAUGCGGCUAGAUCAAGGGAUACAGAAGGGGCUUGACAAGGAUCUAGAAGAGGAGCGUAACUCAGCAUGUUGUGUCAGGGACGAUGGCUCAGGCUGCUUCCAGUCUGUGGAAUCUAAAUGCUCGAAAACACUCAGCUCUUGGUACAAGUGGGACAAUAACGGUCCAAGCCAGAGGAAAUCUGGAACUGUCUGUGGUCAAGACCCAAGGUACUGCAGAAAUCCAUCAUCUGUGUCUCCAUUUGUGUGGGAGGAUGAUGUCACAAAAUGGCCGCUAUGCACGGAUACAACCAACCCUAACACGACUGAUCGGACUGACCGUCACAUGACCUGCAAGAUCUCAGGUCGCCCGUGUUGCCAUGGUAUCCAGGGGGAGUGCAUGAUCACCACAAGGGAGCACUGUGACUUUGUGAGGGGAUACUUCCAUGAGGAUGCCUUCCUAUGCUCGCAGGUUCCGUGCAUGAAGAAGAUAUGUGGGAUGAUUCCAUUUUCUCAAGACAAGUAUCCAGACCAGUUUUACAGGCUCUGGACAUCGCUAUUCUUGCAUGGAGGGUUGUUUCACCUGGUGAUCUCCUUGGGUUUCCAGAUUCUCAUCAUGCGCGACAUGGAAAAGCUGACGGGAUCCAUACGCAUGACAAUUAUCUAUGUUGGGUCUGGCAUUGCUGGCAACUUGGCCAGCUGUAUCUUUGUGCCAUACCAGGUGGAGGUUGGCCCGGCCGGUGCCCAGUUUGGUAUCCUGGCCUGCCUGCUGGUGGAGGUCCUGCAGUCCUGGCAGAUGUUGGAGCGCCCUGGCAUCGCCCUCCUCAAGAUCACCGUACCCAUCGUGGUCCUCUUCGCAUUAGGGCUCCUGCCCUGGAUCGACAACUGGGCUCAUCUCAGUGGCUUUCUCUUCGGCUUCCUUCUUGCCUUCUCCCUUCUUCCGUAUGUGUCGUUCGGAACACACGACCGGCGUCGAAAACUCAUAGGGAUUAUUUUGUCACUGGGUGGAGCCAUUGGGUUGUUUGUUCUGCUUAUUAUAUUGUUUUAUGUGCUGCCCCUUUACAACUGUCCUGGGUGUCAGUAUUUCAACUGUGUGCCUUUCUCAGCAAAUUUUUGCAAGAACAUGGAAGUUGAUAUAGACAGGAAUGCAACCUACAGCAGUUCUGUUCAUGGAUGAAAAAUCAAAACUUAGCAAUAUCAUACAUGUAGUAUUUGGUCCUGUAUUGACCUUCUUAUGCAUAAUAACAAUCAAAGGGUAUGCGAUUUUGUUGGUAAUCUAGUUGGAAAUUGUAUCUUUUCAUAGAUGCAUUUAUUUGUAGAGCUAGUUGUUCUUUACUUAUUUGCGGUGCUUUUGCUUUUUAAUAUUUUGUUGACAAAUAUGAUAUUUGGUUUUGAGGGUAAGAGUUUGCAAGAAUCAGGCAGUUAACAGAUUCCCAGAUUCUAUACAUGUAGAUCUACUUUAUUUUGAAUCAAAAUCUUAUAUUUUAAAACAACUGAUAUAUUGUCCUAUAUUUUUGCCAUUUUGGGUGAUUAAGGUUUAGUUUUGUAUUUUUAUGCCCCCAGUAGGACGGCAUAUAGCUGCUGCACUGUCUCUCUGUCCAGCAUUCCAUUUCUGAUUUUUUUUUCCGCCGCCAUAGGCGGAGGGAUAUUGUUUUGCGUUGUCCGUCCGUCUGUCCAUCUGGAGCCAUAUCUUGGGAGAUCUUUGGUGGAUUUCAUUGAAACUUGGUAUAAGUAUAUAUAUGGAUAAUAUGAUGAUGCACGCCAAAUGGCAUUGUACACCAAUUGAUAAUAAGAGAGUUAUGGCCCUUUGUUUCUUGGAAAAAUGCUUUAACACUUUUGUGUCCAGAAGCAUAUUGGCGGGGGAUAUCAAUUCAACAAAUUUGCUUGUUUUUUCCAAAGCACUUGCAGAUAUUGACCUUUUUUUUGUUUUUUUUUUGCAGUGUGAAUCUAUCUGAAUGACUUAAAGAUCAAAUUUGAGUUUUGUUCCUGUCCAUUGAAUUUAGAAAAAGUUACGAACCUUUGCCUUAUAAAUGUUAUCUAGAAUAACAAUUUUCCGAGGGCCUUGUGUUUCACAAACACAGCUCAUGUUGUAUAAGGUUUAGGAAAUAAAAUGCAAUAUCCUUCUUACAUUAAGUAACCUACGGGUACAUUAAGUUAAAAGUUUAAAUACUAUACAAUAUAUCCAUUCUUGUGAAAGAUAACAUAUCUUACUGGACAUGAGGUCUGGUAACUUUUGAAAUUUACUUGACCUGACCAUAUUUUAUGGGACUUUUUCUUUUUUAUGCAAACCAGAAAAAAUACCUUUUAUUCACUUUAUUUAAAUCAUAUUGAUGUUCACUUUUUCUUUUUUAAUUUUAAAAAUACUGUAAAAAAUGACACAAUUCAGACGUGUUCUUUUAUAACAUGAUAAAACUUUCAAUAAAUAGUGAAGAAAGAUUUUCCGUUCUAUUUUAUUUUAAAACCAUCUAUCAGAGAAAAAUUAACCUUGACCAGGCAAUAUUUUAAAUAGAUUAAAAGUUUCAUUUUUAUUUCCAAACAAAACGAAGUUUUAUAUAUCUAUUUUGUUGUUGGACACAAAAUCCAGUUUCAGAAAUGUUACUGGACUUGGGGGGGAAUGUUAUGGGAAAGGUCCGAGGUCAUCAUGCUAAAUGUCAUUCAAAUUAAUACCAAUAUAAUGGAUAUUAUUCCAUUAAAUAAUGGAAAAUUUAAGUUUGUAUACAUUUUAUUUUGUAUAUCAUAGAACUGUACUGUUCAUAACAAAAAUAGCAUAUCUUUGUUUUGUAAUUUGUCUUGAUGAAAGGUAUGAAAUUAUGGAAUUAAUUUGAUGUAAAAUAAUAAUUUGUUUACCCCUAUCAAGUACAACAAUAGUGUUAUAAUCAGUUACACAUAAUUCAGUUUUUUAUAUGUUUAUGCAAUAGCAACUGAAGGGAAUUGCAAUUAUGUGCACCUUAUAAUGUGUAUGUUGUAAAUACAUGUUGAAUAUGUAAUUCAUUUAACUCAAACAUUUAUUCAUUUUCAAAGCUACAAAAAGAAAGUCAUUUUAUGUUAGUGUGCCUAGUUAUGUUGUUUUUCAUGAUGCGCAAUUAGAACUGCUGAUACUGUUUAGAGGUGUAUCAAAACCAAAUUGAUCUGCUGAUAUCUUCUGUGUAAUCAAAUCCCUGCAAAAUGCUUUUACAUUAAUAUUACAGUUCUAUACACGUUUUAUAUAAUGUUUGAAUUAUUGCACAACUGUGCCUUACAAAUCUGCUGGGUAUAAUAUAAUUUAAUUAUUUUGAAAAAUGUUGGUUCAAUUUCUAUGCUUAAAUAUCACAUAUAUGUAUUCCCCCCGUACUUGUGUUUGACCCCUUUUGAAGAAGAGGGGUUUUAUUGUUUUGCUGGAUGUCUGUCUGUCAGUAGCCCAGUUUGUUUCCGAUCAAAAACUCCUAAAAAAAUUGUUCGAUUGGCUUGAUACUUCACAUGUGCAUUGGCCAUGGACAGUAGAUGACCCCUUUUGAAAAUGGGGUCACUAGGUUAAAGGUCAAGGUGACCAUCACAAUAAGUGUGAACAACUGUUUCCAAUCAAAAACUCGUCAACAAAUUGACAGAUUGGCUUGAUACUACCCAUGUGCAUUGGUCUUGGACAGUAAGUGACCCCUAUUGAAAUUGUUGUCACUAGGUCAAAGGUCAUGGUAACUGCCACAAAUAGUGUGAAAAUCAUUUCUUAUAACUAAUUUGUCAACGAAAUUACCAAUUGGCUUGAUACUUCACAUGUGCAUUCGCCUUGGUUAGUAGAUGACCCCUAUUGAAAUUUGGGUCAAGGUCAAGAUCACUGUCACAAUAAGUGGGAAAAUUGUUUCCAAUCAAUAACUCAUCAACGAUUUUGACCGAUUGGCUAAAUACUUCAAAUGUGCAUUUGCCUUGGACAGUAGAUGACCCAUAGUUAUAAUACUAUAAUAUUCUCAACCCAUUUACUAUAAGGAUGAUUUAACAGAAAUGCAUAAUUCUGUUUCAACUAAAAAGUUAUAUAAUUAGCUAAGUCACACUCAUAUGAUACAAUUACCCGGUAACUCUUAUCAGUUUUGUUGCAAGGCCCUGUUGGGGGGGGGGGGGGCAUUUGUCUCUGAUCGAGCUAUUGUUACAAAGUAUUUAUUUUUUGUGAAGAAUCAUGUAUUUCAUGUUUUACUCUUCUCACUGUUUUCUGUGUAUAUGUUUUAAACACCUGUAAAAAGUUGGACUCAACCAUGCAUUAAAUUUAAUUUAUUUUUUUUAAUACUUAAUUAAUAGAACUUUGUAUUUUAAUCAUUAAUCCUAAAGUGCCUUGUUUAUACGUGAAUAAAUUGAUGUAAUUGAUCAAUUUUGAAGCAGUUACACUUGCUUAUAAAUAGCUUUUCAUACUAUUUUUUAUACUACUAUGUAUACUAUUUUACAUGUUUGUUACAAAAAAAAUCUUAAAUUGUUCAAUAUCUUGAAUUUCUAUUAUACAUGGGAUAUGUUCAUCUGUGAUAUGUUUUAGUCAUUAUUGUGUUUGUAACCGUGUGUACAUAGCACAAGUGGUUGCAUAGUAAUUUAUAGAAAUGCGUAUAAAUGUAUCUACGCAGUUUGGCGUCUCAUACUUUCAUUUCAUCUUCAGCUUACAUAUCUAGCUGGUUAUAGUACACAAAAUAUAGAACUUGCAAAAUGUAAAUAUGACAUUAUUAAAUUACACAUUACAAAAUGCUUGAUCAUUUUGGAUUAUCCUUACUUGAUGUCUUGUAAAUGAAACACACUUGGGUUAUAUUUUUCUAUGUGUGGAAUACUGUUUGUAAAGUAUUUUUAGGCUUAUUACAUGUAGGUGUUCCGCUUUUGACAUCUAUUUCACAAUGUGUUGUUUUCAUCAUCUUGACAUAGAAGGCAUACAGUGAGUGUCUUCUGUCCUCUAUUCAUCCAUGAAAGGUGCAGUAGAUUUUACUGUUUCCUGUAACGCCCACAUUGCUUGCUUCACUCUGUGAUAUACCAACAUGGGAUGAUCGCACACUAGGAAUACUGAUUCAGUGUUUGCCUAAUAACUACCCUUAAUCCAUCAAACCAAACUUUUGCUUUUACAUUUUCCAAUUUAAGACUCAGAAUCAUUCAAACAAUCGUUUCAAUAAAAGAUAAAGUAGAUUUUACCAUUUCGUUUAUGACCAGUACUGCUGACUACAACCCUUAAAUACUUGCACGGUUGGUGCUUAUUGAAUAUUCCCUAUCCAUCUUGCCUACCCGUAUCUCUCAACCUUUACUUUCACUUUGACCAUGUGUUCAAAAUGGGCACAAACCUGGUUAUUCAAUAUCAAUUGCUUUUAUUCAGUGUUUUUUUAUCAUAUCUAUAUGCAUUUUUUCCUGACAAAGAUACAAAAAAUAUGUUGGUCGAGAUGUGAUCAUUAACAUAACAUUUUAUACUUUCCUUUAUUAUGUUAGAUCUUUUGUUUCUAUAUUGCUAUUUGUGUGAGAUAAUAAGUUAAAUGUUAACAUGUGAAUCAAAAUGUUUACCUCUUAAAAAAAUGACAAAUGUGUAUGUCAUGUUUGGUGUCUGUUAUACAACAUGUACAGAAUAGUUUUAUAUGCUUAUAGCGACAUUUUUAAUUGAACAGUGUGAUUUUUAAUAAGUGGUUUGUUCUGACAGUUUUAUAUAUUUGCAUUUUCAUCGUAUAUUAAUAUAAUUGUUAGAAUUAAUAGAAUUACCUUUCUUUUUUUACUUGCACAUAUCUGAACACUUGGCCCAUUAACUUGUUACAAGAAAAUAAAAGUCUAAGAAUUAUAUUAUAAAAAUAAACUUUGAGUAUUAUAUAACAAUAAAAUAAACUUGAAGUAGUAUAUUACAAUAAAAUACGUUUGAAUUAUUUCAUUUAAAUGUACCCAACCUAUCAAAGUAUAUUGUUAUAAAGUGUAAAAAUAUAUGGCAUACUAUUUUCUCAAAAAUAUUGACAGUUCACAAACAUUUUUUAUAACAUUUUAUGUGUAUUUACUGGCCAAUAAUACACAACUGGUAUUAUCAUUAGGUGAUAUAGUCUAUGUGAUUAAAACAUUAUAUAUUUCAUAUUUUCAUAAAUAUUAUUUAUGUUAAGACUAUUUGUUAUAUUGUAGACCAUUUUUUCUAAACUAUUAAAAUGAUGGACACAAAUGCUGUGUCCUCAAUAA